AUGUUCUCCUCAAUAGCCCCAGGUAUCGCCUUGCGCAGGUCUGCAGGCGCGGCGCGCAGCUUCCUGCGAUGUCGACGAGGACUUCUUACCCUCGCGAUCGAGACGUCAUGCGACGAUACGUCCGUCGCGAUCGUCGAAAAGCACAAAGAUAACCAAUCCACCCAAAAAGCCACCAUCCACUUCCUUGAGAACAUAACUGCCGACUCACGCGCACACCGGGGCAUCCACCCAAUUCUAGCCCUCGAGUCUCACCAAGAAAGCCUCGCCAAACUAGUCAACAAAGCUCUACAGAACCUCCCAGUCACGAAAGAAGGACAAGCCGCCAUAAAUCUGGCUGAUAGAUCAACGCGCCGUCGACCGGAUUUCAUCUCGGCGACCAGGGGACCUGGUAUGCGGUCGAAUCUGUCUGUCGGACUCGAUACAGGAAAGGCACUUUCGGUCGCGUGGCAGAUUCCCAUGGUGGGUGUUCACCAUAUGCAAGCACAUCUCUUGACGCCGCGUCUUGUAUCGUGUCUAGAAGAGAAAGCCGACUCGAGGACGUCUCCCGAAUUUCCAUUCCUCUCCAUCCUUGUUUCUGGAGGUCAUUCGAUUCUGGUUCAUUCCAAGUCUCUGGUCGAUCAUAAAAUCAUGGCGUCCAGCGAGGACAUUGCGAUCGGAGAAGCAUUGGACAAGGGAGCGAGAGAGAUCCUACCUGCCGAUUUGCUGCAGGGCGCAAAGAAUACGAUGUACGGGAAGACGUUGGAGCGAUUCGUCUUUCCGAAUGGUAUGGCUGAUUUCGCGGAGUAUCGGCCGCCUGUAAAUCGCGGUGAGGAGGUGAUUAAGCGACAGAGUCCCUGGGGUUGGAGUUUGACGACGCCGUUCGCGAAUACCCGGCAGUUGCAGCUGAGCUUUUCUUCCAUUGCGAGUAUGGUGAACAAAAUUGUUCAGAGCAAGGGUGGUGAUAUGUCUCAGGAUGAACGGGUUGAGUUGGGUCGGGAGACUAUGCGGGUGAGCUUUGAACAUCUUGCCUCGCGGACCGUCAUUGCGCUUGAGGCGCUGAGGUUGAGACAUACUGGUGAUGAGGAGAUUAAGACUCUGGUUGUUAGUGGUGGUGUUGCGGCUAAUAAGUUCUUGGUGACUGUUCUCCGGUCCUUUUUGGAUAUCCGUGGAUUUGGGCAUAUCGAGAUUGUUGCGCCGCCUCCUUACCUCUGUACGGACAAUGCUGCUAUGAUUGGAUGGGCUGGCAUUGAGAUGUUCCAGGCUGGAUGGCAGACCGAUCUGAGCUGUCGUGCUCUCCGCAAGUGGACUCUUGAUCCCAAUGCCGAGGAUGGCGGAGUCCUUGGGCCAAAUGGAUGGGUCCAGACGAACGCUUAG